ACAGGAGAGCUGCCCUACACAUGCUCGGAGUGUGGGAAAAGCUUCAGUUGCAGCUCAAACCUUAUCACACACCGUAGAAUCCACACUGGAGUGAUGCCCUACACGUGCUCUGAGUGUGGGAAAAGCUUCAAUCAGAGCUCACACCUUAUCACACAUCGUAGAAUCCACACAGGAGAGCUGCCCUACACAUGCUCUGAGUGUGGGAAAAGCUUCAGUUGCAGCUCAAAGCUUAUCACACACCGUAGAAUCCACACUGGAGAGACGCCCUACACAUGCUCUGAGUGUGGGAAAAGCUUCAAUCAGAGCUCACACCUUAUCACACAUCGUAGAAUCCACACAGGAGAGCUGCCCUACACAUGCUCUGAGUGUGGGAAAAGCUUCAGUCGGAGAUCAACCCUUAUCAAACAUCAUAGAAUCCACACAGGAGAGAAGCCCCACACAUGCUCGGAAUGUGGGAAAAGCUUCAGUUGGAGCUCAGACCUUAUCACACAUCAGAGAAUCCACACAGGGGAGAGGCCCUAUGAAUGCAGUGAGUGUGGAAAAUGCUUCACUGACAGCUCAGCCCUUUCUCAACAUCAGAGACUCCACACAGGGGAGAGGCCCUAUGAAUGCAGUGAAUGUGGGAAAACCUUCAGUCGCAGUUCACACCUGCUUACCCAUCAGAGAAUCCACACAGGGGAGAGGCCCUAUGAAUGCAGUGAGUGUGGUAAAUGCUUCACUGACAGCUCAUCCCUUUCUCAACAUCAGAGAAUCCACACAGGGGAGAGGCCCUAUGAAUGCAGUGAAUGUGGGGGAAAAUUCAGUCGCAGUUCACACCUUAUUACACAUCAGAGAAUCCACACAGGGAAGAGGCCCUAAGAAUGCAGUGAGUGUGGAAAAUGCUUCACUAACAGUUCAGCCCUUUCUCAACAUCAGAGAAUCCACACAGGGGAGAGGCCCUCUGAAUGCAGUGAGUGUGGGAAAACCUUUAUUACCAGCUCAGACCUUAUUAGGCAUCAGAGAAUCCACACAGGGAAGAGGCCCUAUGAAUGCAGUGAGUGCGGGAAAAACUUCACUCGCAGCUCAAGCCUUUCUAAACAUCAGAGAAUCCACACCGGGGAGAGGCCCUAUGAAUGCAGUGAAUGUGGGAAAACCUUCAGUCGCAGUUCACACCUGCUUACCCAUCAGAGAAUCCACACAGGGGAGAGGCCCUAUGAAUGCAGUGAGUGUGGAAAAUGCUUCACUGAAAGCUCAGCCCUUUCUCAACAUCAGAGAAUCCACACAGGGGAGAGGCCCUAUGAAUGCAGUGAGUGUGGUAAAUGCUUCACUAGCAGCUCAGGCCUUUCUCAACAUCAGAGAAUCCACACAGGGGAGAGGCCCUAUGAAUGCAGUGAAUGUGGUAAAUGCUUCACUAGCAGCUCAGGCCUUUCUCAACAUCAGAGAAUCCACACAGGGGAGAGGCCCUAUGAAUGCAGUGAAUGUGGGAAAAACUUCACUAGCAGCUCACACCUUCUUAACCAUCAGAAAAUCCACACAGGGGAGAGGCCCUAUGAAUGCAGUGAAUGUGGGAAAAACUUCACUAGCAGCUCAAACCUUCUUGUCCAUCAGAGAAUCCACACAGGGGAGAGGCCCUAUGAAUGCAGUGAGUGUGGAAAAUGCUUCACUGACAGCUCAUCCCUUUCUCGACAUCAGAGAAUCCACACAGGGGAGAGGCCCUAUGAAUGCAGUGAGUGUGGGAAAACCUUCAGUCACAGCUCAAACCUUCUUACCCAUCAGAGAAUCCACACAGGGGAGAGGCCCUAUGAAUGCAGUGUGUGUGGAAAAUGCUUCACUUGCAGCUCAGGCCUUUAUCAACAUCGGAGAAUCCACACAGGGGAGAGGCCCUAUGAAUGCAGUGAGUGUGGAAAAUGCUUCACUGACAGCUCAUCCCUUUCUCAACAUCAGAGAAUCCACACAGGGGAGAGGCCCUAUGAAUGCAGUGAAUGUGGGGGAAAAUUCAGUCGCAGUUCACACCUUAUUACACAUCAGAGAAUCCACACAGGGGAGAGGCCCUCUGAAUGCAGUGAGUGUGGGAAAACCUUUAUUACCAGCUCAGACCUUAUUAGGCAUCAGAGAAUCCACACAGGGAAGAGGCCCUAUGAAUGCAGUGAGUGCGGGAAAAACUUCACUCGCAGCUCAAGCCUUUCUAAACAUCAGAGAAUCCACACCGGUGGGAGACCCUAUAAAUGCAGUGAGUGCGGGAAA